UGCGAGUGGAGAAGAGAGGAGCUCGAUCCAUCUGCCUCACCUCAGUGCGGUAGAAAACGGAGUGCGGUGUGGUGGCUGACGCUGCCCGGGUCCAUUUACUCCGUGCCCCCUGAGCUCGUACCCUUGGAGUUUAUAGUUUUCUCCUUUGGGAUCGCGCGAACUGUCCUAGAAGUGUCUUUUUCAUUAUUAGCAGAUUGAAAAAUAGAAAAUUCAGUGACAAACUUAAUUUUGUGUUAAGUGGGUAAUGUGAUGAUUAAGUUAUCAGUGUAAAGAAAUAAACGUAAAAGUGAGAAACGAAACACCCCAGAGAUGCUGCGGACAAAAAAGUAACACCCAUUAGUAAUCAGUGGAACAAUUACCUUCUAUUGUUGUGAUCGCCUUAAUGUAUUUUGCAAGUGUAAUUAAAAGCGUAGGUGGAUGUGAGUAGGAGUUGCGGGAGAAAAGAAGAGGAGGAGGGGGAGGAGGAGGAGGAGGUGGAGGAGAAGGAGGAGGGGGAGAACUAAAGAAGCAGGUUGGCAAGGUGAGAUGGGCAGCCAACGUGAUAACCGCUCUUCGUCCUCGUGUUUCUCCGGGGCGGGUCCCACCAUGGCUUUGCAUUCCAAACAUCACAAUGAGAAACGCAACCAAGAGCUCCUCCUCAAACGCUCCACCCCCGAUACUCCUAACUCCUCAGCGAAGUCGGCCUUGGCCUCCGCCCGCAGGGUCGAUAAGUCCCUCAUGUCCAAAUCUCUCACCCUCGACCUCGAGAAGGGUCAGUAUGGGCAGGAUAAUGCAACGAAGUCCCGCGCUCGAAAAAAGAGUGAGGUGGAGAAAUCGCUGAAGUCGGUGCAACGCCAGACCCCGUCCAGAUCGUCGAUGCGAAUGAGCAGUUCCAUGAGCGAGAAGGAGCAGUCUGGUGAUAAUAAAUUGAGCCGAAUUCGUGACCAGGUUCAGAACGGCACCGGCUCCGGUAAGACCGCAAACAAAAAGCGAGAGUCGGUGACGGGUAAGACCUUAAGCCCUACUGAGAAAAAGAGCAUCGCGAGUGGUGGUGAAAACAUCAAAAGGGCGGAUGUCUUUGAGAGAUUGUCUCGACCGGAUUGCAACAAAGGUGUCACGAGAUCCGAACACGGGCCUGGUAACCGGAUACGUGACCGCAGCCCGGCCAAGACCGGCCGAAAGAGUCCGCAAGAGAAAAAUGUCGCUGCUGAUAAGCAUCAGAAGGAUCGCAGAGCUGCCGCAGGAGAUGGCCCUGCGAAGAGUGCACAAAACAGAAGGAGAGACUUGAGUCCCAUCAAGAAGGGGGAUAACAGGAAAAAAGUCAUUUCUCCACAGGGGACCCUGAGGGGGAGGAAAAUAACCCACGAGAGAUUACCUCAUACUGAAGAGGAUACGGACGGUUCCAGGGAAAAACUGGAAAAAGAUAACGUUCCAGAAUCGCCCGAUAAGGACUUGGAGGAGACACUUGUGGGUGAUGAUGCCGAUAAAAAGUUGGCGGUUGCUUCCCCUGGGGAGGUACACGGGGAACCACGUGUCGGAGAUAGUAAUGGUAUAAGAGGGAGAAAAGGAAGAUUGGAAAUCGCAGCUAACGGGAAGUUAGGUCAUAGUGUCACGGCUUUUCCCUCCCUAGAAGGGGCCGCGGUUACAGACAGUUCCUUCACGUCAAAACAGGUAUCGCAAAAUGCACAUUCCUUUCCGAGUACCUCUCUUGCUACCUCUUGUAAAGAUAAAGAUAAGGUGCUAAAUGGGGCUGCUAAGGAGUUGCCGAGAUCACCGGAAAGUCUCCCUAAAAUCACGAGGAGAGAAUCUAAUCCCAGAGGCAUUGAUUCAUCCCCCGUUGAGCUUUCGAAAGAAGACGUUAUGAUGAAGGUGAGACAGCGUGUCCCUUGCGAUAUUAGACGGGAUACCAAAGACGUCGUUGACGAUGACAAGGACGUGUGCGAGACGGAGAAGUGCGAGGACGAUGACUUUUAUAAGAUUAAAGUACAAACUCGUCUCGUGAGCUACAGCAACAGCACCUUGAUCAUUAGAAAUACGUCUAAGAGCGAUAGUGCAGGCGAUUUAUCUGAAGGAGGAGGAGGAGGAGGAGGGUGUGAUGAGGAUGUAACUGGAGGUGGAAGUGAACGAGGAGGAGGAGGAGGAGGAGGAGGCCAGGCAAAGGAGUGCGAGACGUCCCACCCACAGCAUCAUCCUACUCCUCAGAAUCACACCUUGCAAACCUCAUCAGUGCCACCAGCAUCCGCGCCACAAUCAGCUGAAGUGGAUGCUGAUAGUAAGGUCCUUGACCUGCCCCUUCAUCAUGAGGGGAAAGAAGGGGAAAGAAAUGGAGAAGAGGACACGGCGCCCUUAACCAGAUCACGCAGCAUGAGACUUAGACUCAGUCAGUUUAUGAGCAAAGGGAAGAGCUUCCUGACAGAUGUCUACAGUGCCACGCAAAUUAAGUUAGAACAAUACACCAGGGUCGAUCCAUCUAACAUGAGGAGCUCCAGCCGGAAUAACAUCAUGACCACUUCCUCUCCCGCCGUCAUUCUGACCGACAAAGUUCCACUCCACGCCUCGCUGCCGAAUGACGGCGACAGCGGAUACUACAGCAUUUCGACGUCUUUGGAGGCGAUGCACCCUUCCGGAGUGCCCUCCUCGCGGGGUAACACCUGCGACCUGGCUGCUCGUAUCGAUCAAGGGAAUCCUAAUUCAUCGCUGGCAGGAGGGCUGGUUAACACACCUGACAGGAGCAUCGGAGGAAAGGAAGUAUCUGUUGCGAAAGGAGAUGUCGGAGAGGAAGAGGAGGAGGAAGCGACACUGCCUACGCCCCCCGAACCUCACGUGAAUUUCACUCUGAACGAAGACUGGAUUAAAAAGAAUAUAUUAUGUACUUGUAAGUGUAAUAAGAAUAAAGUCAAAACCGCUGCCGAACCGUGCAGUGCUAGUCAGGAAGUAGUAGCGAGCAAUACUAGUGAUAGUAGUUGCAGUAGUGAUGGUGCAGAAACCGUGAUAUUGAACGAAAAGUGUUGUACAGCCAAUAACGAGACAGAAAGUGUAAAUGUAGAUAGAAAUGAGGAGUCAGAAAGUUCCGAUGCAAAUGAGGCUGUUGAUGCAGCGACCAAAGACUUGGAUGAUGAUGACCUGUGUCUGUGCUCGUGUCACGAAGGCGAAGAGAACCAGCAGCUACACCAACUACCGCAGGAAGUACAGGAACUCCUAGAUGCGGACCACGCAAGGAUGUGGUGGACAAUUACGGGCAAUUUUGGCAACAUCUUACCCAUUGACUGGAGCAAGACUUACACUCGCCAGCAGUACCUACCGGUGCUGAACCUGAAUGAGGCAAAGUCCAUGACAAGUCCUGCAGAUGAGAGUGAAAGAACUGCUGAGGACGAUGCUGAGGAAGAGGAAGUUGCUCAAGACCUGGACCUCCAUCACCUGAUACUCAAUGGUCUUAGUGCAGAGCCUGUCAAAAGUGCUGAGGAAGUCAUAAAAGAAAUUGAUGACCUUAUGCAGGAGGGAAGCUCCUCUGAAGAUGAGGGCGUGGAGGAAGCGUCGUCAGAUGGAGUGAAUGCAAAUGAACCUAUAACACAGCCCCUCCCUCCACCUCUUUAUGCUGAAAAAUUAAACAUCAUGAGUAUAGGAGAAUUGAAUGAGGCAUACAUGGAAUUGGAACUCGUUAUCCGGCAAUAUUCAGAAACUCUCAUAAAUCAGUUGGCCCUAAGGGAUGAACUAGAAUAUGAGAAGGAACUGAAGAAUUCAUUCAUCUCCCUCCUCCUACAGGUGCAGAACAAGAGACGGAACUUUAAUGUGGAGAAGAAGAAACAGAAGAAGGUUGGACCAAAUGGCAUUGAUCCAAAGUAUCUUACAACUGUUAUUCCCUAUGAUGUGGGACAUGGACCCCCACAGAAUGAGACUCUUCAGAUCCUUAUUAAGAUUUUGAUGGCCAUUAAUGAAGACAGUCCAACAGUUCCAACAUUACUCACAGAUUACAUAUUAAAAGUGUUGUGCCCAUCAUGAGCUUAUGAUGAUGCAGGACCACUCAAGUACAGGUUAGGUGGUCUAGCAUCUAUUGGGGGUCUAACGGAGCAGCCGAACAUCAUUUGAAACAUUCUGCACACUGGCAUUGGAGUAAGAACUGUAACCUGUGUCACCAUGAAAACUCUAAGAACUUGAAUAAUUUGACUUUGAAGUUGCUACUUGUUAUGAUGAGGAAAAUUGUGUAGAAUCCUAUAGCAGCUAGUCAAGUGUGCCAAUGGCCUGUGAAUGAUCAUGUAUAAAAGAGUAAGAAAACAACUUGAAUAACCAAUGACUGCAUUAAACUAAUAUCAUAAUUUUAAGUCAAACAAAAUUACUCCACUAGUCACAAAUACUUACCAGAAUGUUGCAAAAAUGAUUUUAAGUUUUCCUUCUUCAGUUUUAAUUUCUUUCUCACACAAUAAUUGUACCUAAAUCUCAAGUUUGUGAAUAUUUUUUUAUUGGAGGUGUCACAUAUUGUAAUAUAUGAUUUAUUGGAAUGUAGUAUUGAAAUGUAGACUAAGAAUAUAUUGACAUUUAAAACCAAAGAAUUUUUUAACUCAUCUGUAAAGAAUUUUAGGUAGUAAUGAAAUUCUUGAAAGCAUUUGUUUCAAAGAAAAAUUACAAGAAAUGAGCAUACUACAGUUUCAUAUAUUCACCUUAUUCAUAUGAAGGAUACUAGUGUUCAUAUAAAAUACCCUCCAGAAUUUUAAGGUACUGUAUAGCUAUUUGAACAUCAAAGUGUUCAAUAAUAAAAGUUUGCAAUGCUUAAAAUGCAAAAAAUAAGCUGAUGGUUGUAUAUCACUAUUUACUGAAGCCCAAGUGCAAUUGCUGUAAUGUGUAUGUGCAUGUGUUAUGCAUGAAGCUUAAGUUCUUGUACAAGAUAAAUUUUAUUGAAAGUUGCCUACCAUCCUUCUACUGUGUAGGCUUCCUAAAACAAGUACUAAUUUCCCACUGAAAUAUGCAUUAUCUAUCAUGAUUGGACAAAUACCAUUUGCCAUGCCCUGUUUUAUUCCACAUUUCUCUGGUCUUUGUGUUUCUAAAUUUUGAUAUGCAUAAAAUCAGUAAGAUUGUGUGCGUGUGUGUGUUUGAGUGAGAUACGUACAAAUGCACGAUAAUUUACUGAAAAUUCAGUUAAUCUAUGCAUACCUAAUUUUGAUUGAGAUAUCAAUAUGCUAAUCCUGAACAGAUACCAGAAUUGCUUCAGCACACUUUCUGAAUAUGAACCUUAAUAUGGGAGGGCCUUUCAUGUGAUUACACACAUUGCCUUUUUUUUAUUGCAAAUGUUUGAUGCAUGAACUGCCUUUUAUCAAUUCAGACAACAAUAAUAGAUUUAAAAUAAAUCAUAUAUUCUUAAGUAUUUCAGUGUUAUUAAGGAUGUACAUGAUCACUGCCAUAUAUUCUAAAUAAGGAAAGUGUAAUGAAGAGGAAUAGAACUGGGCAGUGUAAACUAUACCCUAACUACAGUAUACAGCUUCAUCUCCAUCAGUAAAACUAAGAUAUAAAUUUCCUUCUAUAUAUAUUUAUAAGGAAUCUGGGCAAUUUUGACCAGUUAGUGGUGUAUAUGAUUACUCAAUGUGCUUUGUAACACUGUGCUUAGUAACAGUACAGUAUAUACAUAGCAGUUCAUUUACCUACCUUAGCUAUUGAUUUUAAAAACUUAUUUGUCCAAAUAUCAUGUAUUUUUCAUUCGUCGCUAUGAAAAUUUUAAAUUGUAGAUUUCCAGAGUAAUGAUAAAAUGUGUUAUUGUAAUAGUUAAGUUACAAUCACCAAGUAGAUGUUGGCUUGUUAUUAAUGGAUUUUAUUCAAAUAUUUCAACUUUUUAUCUGUGAUGCCUUUUUCUGCAUUGUAUAUUAUUUUUUCUUUACAAUGUUUUGUCACAAACCUAUUUAUAAAUAAAUUCUUUGUUCCUGAAAA